AUGGCACGCAAGAUCCUCUGCGUUGCUGAGAAGCCAGCCAUUGCCAAAUCUGUAGCUCAGCAUCUGAGCGGAGGACAAGUGACCACGCGAAGCAUUACCGGCAAUCCAUACGUAAAGAAUUACGACUUCGAUUUCAACUUUGGUCCACCAUGGGGCAACUGCUCCGUGACAAUGACAAGCGUCCUCGGGCAUCUCACUGAGCUCAAAUUCCCAGCUCAGUACAAUCAAUGGCAUUCGCCGCCCCCGUGGUCUUUGUUCGACGCUCCUGUUGAGGAUGUGGUAAACCAGGACAAGAAAGCUAUUGCAGAUAAUAUCGCGCAACAAGCCCGAUACUCUAGAGCUCUUUUCGUUUGGACUGACUGCGAUCGAGAGGGCGAGCACAUCGGUUCAGAGGUGCGACGAGCGGCUUUUCAGGGCAACAGGUCGCUUGAAGUAAAAAGAGCGCAGUUCAAUAACACCGAGAGAGCACAUGUGGUUAGAGCUGCUCAAAAUGCGAUCAACCUGGACGAGCGACAAGUCAAUGCCGUCGCAGCACGAAUAGAGUUGGAUCUACGCAUCGGGUACGCUUUUACGCGGUUUAACACGCUGACUUUGCAGGUGAUGGGUGGAGAUCUCAGUGAAAGAGUCAUCAGCUAUGGAUCCUGCCAAUUUCCUACACUGGGCUUCGUCGUAGACAGGUAUUUCAGAGUCAAAAAUUUCGUGCCCGAAAAAUUCUGGAGCAUCAAAGUCAUGCAUCUUCGUGACGAUAUGGAAGUGACAUUUUCAUGGCGACGACAUCGUUUAUUCGACCGGGUAUCUGUUGUGAUCCUUUUCGAAAGGUGUCUCACAGCACGAAUGGCAAAGGUCACUAAAUUACAGAAGAAGCCAACCAGUAAAUGGAGACCUUUGCCACUGACGACGGUGGAGCUGCAGAAACUUGGAAGCAUGUACCUUCGUAUGGACAGUCAGAGGGUGAUGAAGAUCGCCGAGGACCUGUAUAACAAAGGCUGGAUCAGUUACCCACGUACCGAAACCGAUUCAUUCGACAAAGGCAUUGAUCUAAGGAUUCUUAUUGAGAAGCAAGUCCAGGACAAUGCAUGGGGCCCCUACGCGCAAGGACUCCUGGCUGGAGGUUUCAAGUGGCCACGCAGCGGCCGUAACAAUGACCAGGCCCAUCCGCCUAUCCAUCCAGUUAACUAUGUUUCCCUUGCUGCUCUCUCGGGUGACGAUCGCCGAGUGUACGAAUUUGUGGUCCGAAGGUUCCUCGCUUGCUGCUCGGAAGAUGCGAAAGGGGAGUCGACAAUUGUCGAGAUCGAGUAUGGUGAUGAGACGUUCUUCACCAAUGGGUUGAUCGUGUUGGAGCGCAACUACUUGGACGUCUAUCCAUAUGAGAAGUGGACAAGCAGCCAGCCUUUACCCAGGUUCAACAUGCACGAGACCUUCGAGCCAACAGAAGCAAACAUAACAGAAGGCGAGACCACUGCACCAGGGUAUUUGACCGAGCCUGAGCUUAUCAGCCUAAUGGACGCCAAUGGUAUAGGCACUGAUGCAACAAUGGCCGAGCAUAUCGCGAAAAUCAAGGAUCGAGAGUAUGUCAUGACCCAAGCCCGAGCAGGCGGCACUGCCCAAGCCAACAGCACUAACGGCAGAGGAGGUCGCGGUGGCCGAGGUGGUAGAGGGGGCGCUCAAGGUGGUAGUAACGCAGGCAACGGAGGAGGUGGAGGCUCUGUGCAGCAGUUCAUCCCAACUACUCUUGGUGUUGCUCUGAUCGAAGGGUAUGAUGGUAUAGGAUUGGAGACGAGUCUGGGCAAGCCGUUCCUGCGUAAGGAGAUGGAGAUCAAGAUGAAAGAAAUUUGCGCUGGGACGAAGAGUCGGCAUGACUUUGUUCAGGAGACAUUGGAACAGUAUAGGGAGGUGUUUGUGAGGACACAGCAGCAGGUUGGGGUGCUGAGAGCCGCUUGCAGGAAGUAUGUCUUUGGUGACCAGCCGUGA